CAUAUCAACACACACAGACGUCUCACGCUGCUUACUAGAGACAAGCUGGAGAUCUUCAAGCCAUUCUGGGAUAGUCUCCUGAACUUUUGAGACACUGAAGAAGAUUCAAAGAGGGAGCAAUGCAAUUAGUUGAGGUUGAGUUAGAGAAACACGUGGAGACGUCGUCCUGUGAGAGCAGGACGUCCACAAACAGCCCAAAACUUCUGUCACACUCUAUCGAGGAAAUACUGAAAAAACCUUCAUGUUUGACUGUGCAGUCUGACAGAACGGACAAGAAACAGACCAAGAUAAAGACAGACGCUCCUAAAAUCAGCCAAUACACAGCUCGUGGGUCGGGUCGCAGACGGGUACGGACCACGUUCACCGUGAGCCAGCUGGAGGAGCUGGAGAGAGUUUUCCAGGAAACACACUAUCCUGACGUUCACACCAGAGACCAGCUCACCUGUCGAACGCAGCUGUCUGAGGGAAGAGUACAGAUCUGGUUCCAGAACCGGCGGGCGAAGUGGAGGCGCAGUGAAGCUAAAGCAGCACACAGACCUCUAACAGUGCUGAGAGACACAAAACACCUCCUGACUCCUGUCCUCUAUGUUCCGUACCUGAGCUUUCUGCAGAAGUUCUGGCUGCCGGAGUCGGUCUGUCCUCCUAUUGGUUCUCCUGAACAUGCCACACUUCAACACCAUUCGUUCUUCUGACCUCAUCGCUUUCAUGGGCCACUACAAAAGAGAC